GGUGGAGCCUGGAUUCCCCAGCCGAAAUGCCAUUGGCCGCACCCGCUGUUACCCGGCAGUAGUUGCAGAGGUCAAUCCCGCCUUCUUUCUCUUUCCAUCCGAGCAGGCAGCGGUGGCGGCUGUGUUGGGCAGCUAUGGCCAAAAUUAAGGCUCGAGAUUUGCGCGGCAAGAAGAAAGAGGAGCUGUUGAAACAGCUGGACGACCUGAAGGUAGAGCUGUCCCAGCUGCGCGUCGCCAAAGUGACUGGCGGAGCAGCGUCCAAGUUGUCCAAGAUCCGAGUUGUCCGCAAAUCCAUUGCCCGUGUUCUCACCGUCAUUAACCAGACUCAGAAAGAAAACCUCAGGAAAUUCUACAAGGGCAAGAAGUACAAGCCCCUGGACCUGCGGCCCAAGAAGACCCGUGCCAUGCGCCGGCGGCUCAACAAACACGAGGAAAGCCUGAAGACCAAGAAGCAGCAGCGGAAGGAGCGGCUGUACCCGCUGCGCAAGUUUGCGGUCAAGGCCUGAGCGCGGGCCUCAAUAAAACAGAACUAGCUGGUG